AGCCAGCGCCCACUGUAAAGUAACCCCCUGGCACGUUUGAAUGGCAGGUAGCGGUCUGGUGAUUAUUUUGCUGAAACACUUGUAAAAUCAUAUCCUUAGUCGACUCUGAAAACAGCCGCGAAGCGAAAGGUUGACAGGUAAUGAACCGUUGUCUAUCCUGCCACUGAACUCUCUACCAGAGGAGAACGUGGGCAGGGCCCACUACAAGCUGUGCGACCGGCUCAAACUGGAAAAGAAGCAACGCAGGAUGUGCAGACGAGACCCGGGCGUGGCCGAGACCCUGAGAGAGGCCAUCACCAUGAGCGCCUUAGAAUGCCAGUAUCAAUUCCGUUUUGAGAGAUGGAACUGCACCUUAGAGGGGCGCCACCGAGCCAACAUACUAAAGAGAGGAUUUAAAGAGACAGCCUUCUUGUAUGCCAUCUCCUCGGCGGGCCUGACCCAUGCGAUGGCCAAAGCUUGCAGCGCAGGUCGCAUGGAGCGCUGCACGUGUGACGAGGCCCCUGACCUGGAGAACCGCAAGGCUUGGCAGUGGGGAGGCUGCGGAGACAAUCUGAAAUACGCCAACAAGUUUGUCAAGGAUUUCCUGGGCAAACGCUCCAACAAGGACCUGCGUGCACGUGUAGACAUGCACAACACAAACGUGGGCAUGAAAGUAAUCAAGGCCGGAGUAGAGACCACUUGCAAAUGCCAUGGCGUCUCCGGCUCCUGCACUGUCCAGACCUGCUGGAGGCAGCUCCUGCCCUUCCAUGAGAUCGGCAAGCAGCUGAAGCAGCGUUACGAGACUUCUGUCAAGGUUGGAAGCUCCACCAACGAAGCCACGGGGGAGGGAGAGAUCUCCACAGGCCGAAACCAGCAGCUGCCUCCGCAGCAACCCCCGCCGCAGCCCCUGCCCGGCCUGAACGAUCAGAUCCCUCGCACUAUGGACUUGCUCCACAUCGAGGACUCGCCAAGUUUCUGUAGAUCCAGCAAGUACUCAUCGGGCACAGCAGCCCGGAAGUGCUACAAGGACAAGAACUGUGACGCUAUCUGCUGCGGGCGAGGCCAUAACACUCAAAGUAGGGAGGUGACCCGGCCCUGCCAGUGCCAGGUGCGCUGGUGCUGCUACGUUGAAUGCAAGCAGUGCACACAGAGAGAAGAAGUUUAUACCUGCAAAGGGUAAACCUGUCGGCCCCUACGAUCAGUGGAGCAAGUGAAAGAUGGUUGUGUUGAAGAGGAGUGGUUGUUUUGUUCUCAAACAAGGUUUUGCUUCCACUGUCGGAACAGUGUUCUGCAAACAAAAGAGGAGCGAGCCGAUGGAGAAGCAAUAAGCACUUUGAGGGAUUUCUGUGGGUUAGGUUUCAGAGCUCCUGUGGCCCUCGUGUCUGGGGUUUGCAGAUGAAAAAAAAAAAAAAAACCUUCUCAGACAACUGGGUCACCAUCUCAAGCUUUUUUUUUUUUUUUUUUUUUUAAAUCACGGUUUUGCCUUGGAGAGAGAAGCUUUUAUUUUCCUAUGAAAAAAAAUCCAAGUGCAUCUUUUCAUAAGAAAACAGAGAUUAGCAUCCAGUCAAUGAGGAUCCAACACAAGAACAGUAACACCAACAGACUGGUUUCUGGGGCCUUGCCCAAAGAAGAAUGGUAUGUGUGUGUGUGUGUGUGUUUGUGUUUGUCAAUCUUUACAUGUGUGUGUUUGUAUGUGAGCAUAUGAUGAGGUGGGGAGGGGGGGUCCGAAUGACGACUUUUAUGGCGAUGAAAUCCAUAUUCAGAGACUGCUAAAAAGAAAAAAAAA